AUGGCAGCCGGGGUGCCCGUGUGGGGACGGGGAGGGAAUGUGGCCGGUGCCACCGCGCAGGGCGGAGGAGGCGAUGCCAAGGUGGAUGGGACGCGCGGUGCUCCCCGGCAGCGUGCGCCCCGUGGAGCACCCACGGGGGACGCGCCCGGACCCGCGCUGGCCUGCGGGUGCCGGGGGCAGGAGGGAGGUGAGGGCCGCAGGCGCCUGCACCGGGUUCCGCAGGAUGCGUGUGCUGUACUGGAGCGCAGAAACCGGUACCAGUACGCAGGGACUCCGGGCAGCUGGGUGCCCCUCGGGAAGGCGGCUUUGGGGCCGGGGUGCGCGCCGGGGUGGGGGUGCCUGUCCCGCGAGGACGAGUUUCCUCUUCUGCGUUUCGUGAAAGGAGCAAACCCAACGCUCUCUGCUGGGUGCUUCUGCGGGGUGCAGGGUCCCGGCCACCCUCGGCAGGGCUCGAGCUGUGCUCCGGCCAUUGCUGCCCUCUCCGUCGUCCUCGUGCCGCCCCGGGCUCCUCGUCUCCGCGAGCGGGACCACGUUGGGUGCCCCAUGGUGCUGGGUGCCCGAUGGUGCGGGGUGCCCCAUGGUGCCGGGUGCCUGGAGGGCUCGGAGUGCCCGGGGAGCCCCGGGCGUCCCGUUGAUGCCCUGUGCCGUGCCCCGCAGCUCGACCCCGAAAACACCGGCUUCAUCGGGGUGGAGACGUUCGCCAGCCUCGUGCACAGCCAUGAGCUGCCCCUGGACCCCGCCAAGCUGGACAUGCUGGUGGCCCUGGCACAGGGCAACGACGAGGGGCAGGUCUGCUAUCAGGAGCUGGUAGACCUGAUCAUCGUGUUCCUCUGCUACGGCGCCCGCCUGAACAAGUGGGUGCUGCAGACCUACCACCCCGAGUACAUGAAGAGCCCCUUGGUCUACCACCCCGGGCACCGGGCGCGCGCCUGGCGCUUCCUCACCUACAUGUUCAUGCACGUGGGGCUGGAGCAGCUGGGGUUCAACGCCCUCCUGCAGCUGAUGAUCGGGGUGCCCCUGGAGAUGGUGCACGGCAUCCUGCGCAUCAGCUUCCUCUACCUGGCCGGCGUCCUGAACUGGGCCGGGAUGCGCUGCCCCUACAAGCUGCUGCGGAUGGUGCUGGCGCUGGUGUGCAUGAGCUCGGAGGUGGGACGCGCCGUCUGGCUCCGUUUCUCCCCGCCGCUGCCGGCCUCCGGCCCCCAGCCCAGCUUCAUGGCCCACUUGGCGGGGGCCAUCGUGGGCAUCAGCAUGGGGCUGACCAUCCUGCGCAGCUACGAGGAGAGCCUGCAGGACCAGUGCGGCUGGUGGGUCCUGCUCCUCUCCUACGGCACCUUCCUCCUCUUCGCCGUCUUCUGGAACAUCUUCGCCUACGACCUGCUGGGGGCACACAUCCCCCCGCCCCCGGUGCUGCCUGCACCCACCCGCCCCUGCCGGCACCCACCUGCGAUCCCGAAGCUGUAG